AUGGCUCUUAAGCGCAUCAACAAGGAACUCGCUGACCUCGGCCGCGACCCGCCCUCUUCCUGCUCUGCUGGCCCAGCUGGCGACGAUCUUUUCCAAUGGCAAGCCACCAUCAUGGGUCCUAGCGACUCGCCAUACACCGGGGGUGUUUUCUUCCUUCAGAUUCAGUUCCCUACAGACUACCCUUUCAAGCCUCCCAAGGUUCAGUUCACAACCAGAAUCUACCACCCCAACAUCAAUGCGAACGGCAGCAUCUGCUUAGACAUUCUCCGUGACCAGUGGAGCCCGGCCUUGACGAUCUCGAAGGUGUUGCUUUCAAUCUGCUCCAUGCUGACGGAUCCCAACCCCGACGACCCGCUUGUGCCCGAGAUCGCCCACGUCUACAAGACGGACCGUGCGAAAUACGAACAGACAGCUCGGGAGUGGACCAGGAAGUAUGCCGUUUAA